GGCCGGACGUCUGUAUGUCGGGGGGACAAGGCAAACGACGGCACAAAGAUGGUGACCAUGACCCACAUGGAGAGCAUGGUGCGCUACGACAACGGCAACGAGGAUGAGUACAUGAUGCAGGAGGAUGAGUGGGACCGGGACAUGCUCCUGGACCCAGCAUGGGCGCAGCAGCAGAGGAAAGUGCUGCUAUGUUGGUGUCUCCUGUUGCUGAGCUGUCGGCCAACGCUCUCAGCCCACGACUUCUUCACCUCCAUAGGUCAGAUGACAGACCUGUUGUUCACCGAGAAAGAUCUUGUCACGUCCCUCAAGGACUACAUCAAAGCUGAGGAGAGCAAGCUGGAGCGGGUCAAAAAGUGGGCUGACAAGUUGGAAGCUCUGACGGCCGUUGCGAUACAAGACCCAGAGGGCUUCCUGGGCCAUCCGGUCAAUGCCUUCAAGCUGAUGAAGAGGCUGAACACUGAAUGGAGCGACCUGGAAAGCCUCGUACUCAGUGACACCACAGAUGGUUUUAUUUCCAACCUGACCAUCCAGAGGCAGUACUUCCCCACGGACGACGACCAGACCGGGGCAGCCAAAGGUCUCCUCCGUUUGCAGGACACAUACAAAUUGGAUGCCAAUAACAUCGCUACAGGAAACCUGCCUGGAGUGAAGCACAAGACUCUUAUGACCGCGGAGGAUUGUUACGAGCUUGGAAAGAUCGCCUACACAGACGUUGACUACUACCACACAGAGCUGUGGAUGGCACAGGCCCUGAAACAGCUUGACGAAGAGGAGGAGUCCACUGUGGAUAAAGUGACGGUGCUGGACUACCUCAGCUAUGCCAUCUACCAGCAGGGGGAGCUGGAGCGUGCCCUGGAGUACACCAAAAGGCUACUUGAACUGGACCCACAGCAUCCGGUCAAAGACAACAUGAAGCAUGAUAAUUUACAGCUGGAGGAGCAGCAGAGAAACGAAGCGGAAGACGACGCAAACGAACAGAAAGAGCCUGAGAAGAAAGAGACGCCAGAAAAGCCAGAAAAGAAGCCAAAGGAGAAGAAAGAGAAGAAAGCCUUCAGUCUGAUCCCUGAGAGGAAGAAGUAUGAAAUGCUGUGUCGCGGAGAGGGCAUCCAAAUGACUCCACGUAGGGAAAGCCGGCUGUUCUGCCGUUACUAUGACAACAACCGCAACCCCUUCUAUGUGCUGGGACCGGUCAAGCAGCAAGAUGAGUGGGACCGCCCGUACAUCGUCCGCUUCCUCGACAUCAUCUCUGACAAAGAAAUUGAGAAGGUCAAACAGUUGGCAAAGCCAAGGUUAAGGAGAGCCAUGGUGAGUGGCAGGCAAAAUGGGAGUCCUGCCGUUACCGAUUCCAGAAUCGCCAAGAGCGCAUGGAUUUCAAACAUGGAAGAUCCCGCCAUCAAAGCCAUCAACCAGAGGAUUGAGGAUCUCACGGGCUUGGAGAUGGACACAGCAGAAGAACUGCAGGUUGCAAACUAUGGCGUUGGCGGUCAGUACGAGCCUCACUUCGACUUUGGAAGGAAAGACGAGCAGAAUGUCAAUUGGCGGGGAAAUGGCAACCGCAUCGCAACGUGGCUCUUCUACAUGAGUGACGUGUCAGCAGGGGGCGCCACAGUAUUCCCAGAUGUCGGAGCAUCAGUUAGACCUCUAAAGGGUACUGCUGUGUUCUGGUACAAUCUCUUUCCCAGUGGGGAGGGAGACUACAGCACGCGGCAUGCAGCUUGCCCUGUCUUGGUGGGCAAUAAGUGGGUAUCAAACAAAUGGAUUCAUGAACGAGGCCAGGAGUGGCGGCGACCAUGCGGUCUAAAUGAGACUGACUCAUAAAAAGCAAGAAACCACGCCACCACCCUUCUCCCCUUCCUUACUUACUUCCUUCCUUCCUUCCUUCCUUGCGUGUGGGCCCAAACAGAACCCCACAGCAGAUCACAGAUGACACAUAAUGGAUGCUCGGGCCCCAAAUUGCUUAAUUUUGCGCUGUUUCCUUUUAUAUUUACGUUGCCGAUCAAACGCCUCGCUAAGCGUUGACUGUCGAGACGAAGGCUCUGCUGCACAUCCACACGAGGGCUGUGGCAUUCGGCUUAGAAACCAUGGCUUUUGUGCCUUCAUUCAUAUUAGCAUUUGCUUGCUAACUUGCUAACUGCCAGCACUCUGGGUAUCCACUCGCUAGUAGCCCCGCCUCCACAUAGAGGCUGAAUGAGAGGCGGGUUCAUGCACUAUAGAACCAAUGUGCACAAGACACCUGCAGAGUGAACCCUCUCGUCAUCCAGCCUGUGUGGAACAGAGACGAUGAAAACAUGCACACGUCAAAUUAUCGAGGCGGCAACAUGAAGUUGUUCGAUUUAUGGAUUAUCGUGACUGGCCUACUGCCAAUAGAGUGAGGGAGUACCGUUGGCAUGGCAACAUGCAGCGUUUACACUGAUUAUUACACAAACUCUACCCUACUAGUCUUUUAUCAACGCUCAAUAUUGCACAACUUUGACAUUGUAACACUUACCGUCUUUUUUCAUUUAGAAAUAUAUCGAGGGAAAGGCUUCUUGAGACGUCAUCUGUACUUCUGUGAAGAAGG